AUGGCGGAGGCCCCACGAGGAGGCCGCGGCCCUCGGUCAGCCCGGGCACGCGUGAUGAGCCGAGACCCCCAUCUGGAAAACCACCACACCUCGCCGAGGGACCGGGAACCUGGCUCGGCGGCUCGGGGUGGAGGGCUCAACCCCGUGCGCCCCCGAGCUGCACGCCGAGAAGGAAGGCGUCCACGCGCCCACCCCCCAGGGUGGCCCGGCCCCCCACCCCCACCCACGGGUGCCAGGGGCCCCACGGGGGCUGGGAGCCGGCGGUCCCCGUGGGCAGCGCCGUCACGAGGCUCCGGCGGCAGGCUGGGGAAGGGCAGCCCCCCCCUCCUGGCACUGCAAGCGCCUGGCCGGAGCCGGGGCCCGGCGGCCGGCAGAGCCGUCACGUGCCCGGGCUGCCGCAGCCAAGGCCCCGUCCCCCGCCGCCACACCUCUGACUCGGAGGAGAUGCGCGCACUCUUAUUCCCUGACCGGGGAAAAAAACUCCCUCUUGGCAGAAUUCUGCCCGGGAGCCUGGCUGCCAUCCCGGGAAGCCCCGGCUCGCUCCGCGCGGGCCGGUCCCGGGCCCGCACCCCCGGUCUGGCUGUCCGCGAGGGCAGAGCGGCCGAGGCCCGGCCGCGGGAGCAGAAGCUGGAGGGGUCACAGGCCGGGCCGACGCGGAGCCCGGUGAGCGAGACCGCCCGGGGCACGAGGGCAGUGCAGGCCAGGAACAAGGAAGCAUCGGCCUCCCGACGAGCCCCCGCGGCAGACACCCCCCGGGGUGCCGGCCUACCCCAGGCUGUGACCCCAAGGACGGGGCAGACGCCAUGCGCUCCGUCCCUCCGUCCACCCACCCCCACGGCCGACACCGCCGCCGCCCGCUCCGUCCUGGGCACGGGGCCCCGGGCAUCAGCGGAGAGGCAAGCCAGAGAGCCCCCCGACUUCCAGGAUCGAGGGGAGCUGUCCUACGUGGCCCCCCUCCUGGGGACCCUUGCCAGCCGGGUCCCACCGGUCUUGGGGGCUCCGCGGCUCUGCUCUGGCAGAGCCUGA